UUUUUUUUUCCUUUUUCCUUCCUUUUUCCUUUUUUUUUUCUUUUUUAAUUUCAUAAAUGUACUUGAUCAUCAUUAUAUGUUCAUGUCUCAUCACAUUAACAUUACUUAGUAUAUGUGCAAAAAAAAUACAUGAACUACAGGCCUCAGUAUUAUCUUAUGGAAAAUUAAAUUUACAUAAUAAUAGAAAACCUAUUACAAGUUGGGCUCAAACCCUUUCGACAUUAAAAAUACCUAAACAUUAUUUUAAUCAUUUUUACGUGAUUGGCUUGUUUACAGCCUUAGAAUCUAUACUUGAGAUUACAUUAUGGCUUUAUUUUAAGAGAUCUUUCAUUUUGAUAAGAUUAUUACAACGUUAUGAUGUGAACAUGGGCAGUGAUCAUGUAUCGAGAGAACAAAUAUGGAUCGGUUUAGUGAUGAUGACGUGUCAUUUGAUAAGACGUGUGUAUGAAUCCUUUUGGAUUGAAAGACCUUCAAAGACAGCUACGAUGCAUCUAUCUCAUUACUUUAUUGGAGUUGGGUUUUAUGGAGGUAUGGUGUUAGGCACUUGGCUGGAAGGAGCAGCUCAGUUGGGUCUAUGGGGGGAGGAGGACAGUCGUCGUGGUCGUGAUGAGCAAAAACAGUCACUUCAUGUGUUGACUCUCUUGAUCGCUUUUGGAUUAUUUCUAUAUGCUUCAUAUCACCAAUCUCGUUGUCAUAAGAUAUUAGCCUCUUUAAGGAAACAAGAUCGUGAAGUCUAUUCAAUACCAAGAGGGGACUGGUUUGAAUUCAUCGUUGCUCCACAUUAUUUUGCAGACAUCUUGAUCUAUCUUUCAUUAAACAUCCUUUAUCAUUUCCAAAAUUAUAUUUUCAUUUGUGGAUUGAUUUGGACCAUCGUCAAUUUAUCCAUUACAGCUAAUGAAACGCAAUCUUGGUAUUAUCAUCAUUUUUCAAGAGAAAAAUAUCAUCAAGCAUUUCCUCAUGGACGUUAUAGAAUUAUACCUGGUUGUUAUUAAAAAUAAAUGAGAAAAAAAAAAGCAUUGACCUUUAUUGUACAAUUAUUUGACUGCCAUGCAUAUUCGAGAGGAAAAGAAAGAAUAAAAAUAAACUAAAAGAAAAAAAGAAAAGAAAAGAAAAGGAAAAAAAAAAGGGGGAGAAUAUGUAUUUAGAAGAAUUUUUGUUUUCUCUCUAUCAUUAUCAUAAUAAUACACAUAUUUAUUUGUUCUUUGUAA